AUGGGUAAACCGGGCCUAUGCGGUAGCCAGAAGCAAGGCGGCAAACGGACGGCGGAUAAUAAUGUCGAUGCCAGACAUACGAAGCGGGAGCUACCCCUCAACCAGUUCUCGCUGCUCCAGGAGGAUGAUGGCGAAAGACGUGAAAGCGUUGAGAAAAAGGAGAAGUUGCCUCCUUUUUAUGUCAAGGGACAGCCACGCGAGCUGCUUGACAAUCUGAAUGUGCUAGUCCGUAAAGGGCUACGGGCUGAAUUCCGUCUCUGCGCUGAUGGCGUGAAAAUCACCGUCCCCUCGGCGGAACAUUAUAAAUCUGUGGCGGAGACACUGCAGCUCUGGAAGGUGGAAUAUUUCACCCACGACGUGCAGUCGACGAAGCCUUUCAAGGUCAUUCUACGCGGGCUGCACGAGCUGGAUGUUUCGAUUGUGGAAGAAGAGCUGCAACGCAACAACCUUCAACCCGUGAAGGUUUUCGUGAUCAAACGCCACAACGAGGCGAUCAAGUAUCGCGGCCAACUGUACCUGGUGCAUUUGGUUGGCGGAUCCACAAACAUGAGGCAGCUUCAAAGCAUCCGAACGCUGCUCAGUGUCGUCGUCGAGUGGGAGCGGUACAAGCCGGUUCACCGUGAAGUGACGCAGUGUACCAGCUGCUUGAAUUUCGGACGCGUUGCUCCAAAUGCGGCCAACAACAUGUCACUGCCCAAUGCAUCGUGGACAUGA